AAACAAAAUAAACACAAACGAACAAACAAACACACAUUUUCCUUCUCUCAGAAAAUUAACCUAAAACCUGAAACACAAAAGACUACAACCUUUUCUUUUUCUUCCUUUUACUUUUCGUUUCUAGUGAGAGGAAUUAAUCUGAUGUGGGUUCAUCAAUGAAUAAGUUGUUUCUUUUUGUAUUUCAUUGGAGGGGAAGGAACUCAUGGUGUUAUUGUUUUGUUUAUAUCUUUUGAAAGAGAAAUUUAAUACUGUCAUUUUCUUGGAGAGUUAAAAGAUUUGCAUUUGGCAAGAAUUUCCAUUGUUUGAGAUUUUUCUUCUGUAAAUUGGAGAUUCAAAAUGGUUUGGUACAUGAAAAAGGAGCUCCUUGAGGAUUUAGCAAUUGUAGGAGGAUUGAUAGGAGUUCAAUUUGUUUAUGCAGGAAAUUCUAUUUUCUUGAGUUAUUUAAUGUCUCUUGGAUUUACACCUAGUACUAUUGUUAUUUUCACUACUUUUGCCACCUUCCUUUUUACCUCUCCUUUUGCUGUUUAUUUCGAAAGGAAGAAAUGGCCUAAAGAACUCAGUUACAAGUUGAUGAUCCAGCUCGUUUUGAUUUCUUUUGCUGGGGUUACAUUAUUUCAAACGUUAUUUAUGAAGGGGAUUAAACUAACAUCACCAGCACUGGCAACCGCCAUGCCAAACCUUGCUCCAGGACUUAUCUUCCUCAUUGCAUGGGUGGCUAGGUUAGAGAAAGUUAAGCUAAACUGUAUAUACAGCAAAGUGAAGAUCUCAGGCACAUUGGUUUGUGUCGUAGGUGCCCUUUUAAUGAGUGUAAUGCACAGUUCUAAACAAACAAAAGAUACCCAAUUGUUAAUUCCCCCACCUAACGUAAUAUUUGACAAGGAAAAGAUUAUCGGUUGCUUGUACCUCAUGGCAGCUGUUUUUGUUCUAUCCAGCAAUGUCGUUUUGCAGGCUUAUACUCUGGGGAAUUUUCCUGCACCAAUGUCCCUUUGUGCUAUAACAUCCAUAAUUGGUGUAAUUAUAACAGCAGUUAUUCAGUGGUUUCAAGAUCCCAAUUUUGGAAUCGCUUUACCUCUUAUGCCCCUCACGAACCUCAUUGGCUUUUCUUUUCUGUCAGGUGCAGUGACAGGAGCUUCUGUAAGCUUCAAUGGAUGGGCAAUGAAGAAGAGAGGUCCUGUUCUAGUCUCCAUGUUUAGCCCUAUUGGAACGGUCAUUUCUGUUGUUCUCUCUUUAAUUACCUUAGGUGAAACCAUUAGAUUAGGAAGCCUUGCUGGUAUGCUCCUGAUGUUUACUGGUCUAUACUUUGUGUUAUGGGCAAAGGGAAAAGAAGGUUACCUGGAUGAAAUGGGCAUGGAAAGUGAGUACGACCCGAAGAAGCCUCUUUUAAGUUAACAAUGUAAAAAUAUUCUGAUAGAUUGUACUUUGGUUUCGUCAUUAGGGCUUUCUAGCUAGAAGAGCAGAAAAUAAUUCUGGUGGUGGAUACACGAAAAAUAACUUUGAAUUAUCGAGUUUACCAGACGCAUUUUGCUCAUUUUGAUCCCAGUGAUGGAUAAAAUUUUCUUAUGUGAAUGACAAAAUGAACCAAGGAUUAUGAUUUUAAUUUAAUCUCAUGUCGUUGUCGUUUUAGCGAA